CUGAUUAAUCAUUAAUCAGUUCGUUAAAGGUUGACUGAGGUUGACCAUAGAUAACUUAACUACAUAAUAGGUUAUAUUUAUAAUAUUUUAUACUAAAAGCAAAAUUUAUUGUAAUUAUGAAGUUGGUGUAUUGUGUAUGUUUUCUUCUUCUUUUUGGUGUAGUUGCACCAGAUGCAGCUGCAUUCAAAGAAAAGGUUAAACGACUAGAACAAGAAUGCCAAAACGAUAAAACAACUUAUGUGGAUGAGGCGGAAUUAGAGAGGUUCAGAAAUCAUGAGCCGACCACUGCUACCAACUUAGGACUACAUUAUCUUUGUACUAAUAUCAAACUGGGAAUUCAAGACGAAAAUGGAAAGAUCAACACAGAGGCCAUCAAAAAUAAUCUUCGUGAAAUAAUGGUUGGAACAGGCAAAAUUAAUAUAAUAGCACAUAGAUGCAGCCGUAGAUUGCCCGAAGAAUCAGCAGAAGAAAGUGCUAUUACAUUAUAUAGAUGUUUACAUAAGCCAGCCCAUGUACAUAACAACAACCAUACUCAUAUCCAUGUUCAUAGACAUAAGCGUUCAAUAAAAAGAAGCAAAGCUCACAAAUUUUGCCAGUCUGAUGAGUCAACCAGGGUAAAUGAAAGUGAUAUGGAGAAGUUUAAAAAGGGAGAAGAAGUAGACACAUCUAAAAUAAAAAACUAUAUUUUCUGUAUGAAUAAAAAAUUUGAGAUACAGAAUGUGGAUGGUACCGUCAAUAAAGACGGAUUUAAAAAAUAUCUAGAAAACAAGGUAAGCGAUAAAACAAGGGCUAAUGAAUUAACAAGAAAAUGUUCAGAAAUAUCGGAUCCAGUGGCAGAGGAAACGGCUAUUAAAUUAUACAAAUGUGUUCACGAAAACGAUCGUCAGGAUGAUCAGAAUCAAAAUGCUUUACAACAACAGGUUAAGCUUGCCUUUGAACAAUGCCAAGCUGAUCCAAAAACUUUUGUUGAUAAAAAAACUCUUAAAAAGGCGCGCAAAGGAAAAAAGAUUGACACUGCUGGUUUAAGAGCACACACCUUUUGUAUGAGCCUGAAGUUAAACCUUCAAUCUACGGACGGAAGUAUAAAAACGGAAACUGUUAGGAAAAACUUAGAAGGCGAGGAAACUGAAGCUAAAAUUAAUAUAAUAGUUAAUAUAUGUGGGACUAGAGAUGAAAAUGAUCCAGCAAAUCUUACUGCAUUAAAACUAUUCAAAUGCCUAUAUAAAUAUGAAAAGAAACGAGAGCAGAAAAAACGAGCUUUCCUUAAACGUUUAAAGCAAUUUAAAAAGUUUCACCAAGAAUGCUUAUCUGAUCCCGCCAAUCAGGUUGAUGAGGAAGUUCUUUCUAAGUUUAGUCAUGGUGAAGAGAUAGAUGAUCCUAAUUUAGCUUCUUACACUAUAUGCCUAAAUAAAAAAAUCAAAUACCAAGACAAAAAAGGGAAAAUUAAGAAGGAUGCUAUUAUUGACGACUUAAAGUUGGUUUUUGACGAUAGAGCUGAAGCGGAAAAAGUGGUGAAUGAAUGUGUCGCAAAAACAAGCGGUUUAGCAGUUAGAGAAGGUGGUGUCAAACUAACUAGAUGUAUUUUCAAACAUGUUGCUAUUGCACGUGCAGCUCAAAACAAUGUGAUCCCUACUAGCGAUCGUCGGUAAAAUAUUCAAAUACAACAAGUGGUAUUAAAAUCAAAUUUCGUAUCACCUAAAAAUAAAAAUAUCUUCCAUGAAUGGGAACAGAAAUACUUAAUUUUCAAACCAGCCUAUAAUUACAAACAAAAUAACAAUUGAAAAAAUUCGUUAAAAAUAUAUGUUUUAGACAAUAA